GUAAACUGUAUGUGGCGCGGCAAGGAGCAGAGGCAGAAGAGCGUCAUGUCCUUUAUCCUAAAUGUGCAGCUGUCACCCCAGCAGGCUCAGUAUUUCUGUCUGUGUCCAGAGACAUCUCGGAGUUCAUUUUGACUCUGCCUCCUCGUCCUGACGCAAGGAGGGAGAGCCUGGUGAUGGAGCUACAGGAGGCUGUGAACGGAGCUGAGGAGGAGGAGGUGGCUGUAGAUGUUCAGGUCACUGAUUUACUCAACGCCCUGAUCGCCUGGAAGGUCCCGGAGGAUCUGUUCACCGUCAGCAGCCUGAAGGCCAGUUUUGAGUCACUGUUCCGCUCAUUUGACCCAGAUGUUCAGUUCCAGUACUUCCGGUCCUUCCAACGGGUCAGAAUCAGCUUCAGAGACGCUACGGCAGCAGCUGAGGCAAGGCUCCGGCUGCACAAGACCGACUUCAAUGGAAAAGAAAUGAGGCUGUACUUUCCUCAGUCCGUCCACAUCGGGAGUCCUCGCCUGGAGCCUCCCAAGCCGGAGAAGCAGUUCCUUAUCUCCCCUCCUGCCUCUCCUCCGGUUGGCUGGGAGCAGUCUCAGGAUGCCAUGCCGGUCGUCAACUACGACCUGCUGUGUGCCAUCUCCAAACUCGGACCAGGAGAGAAGUAUGAGCUUCACACGGCCACGCCCACUACCCCUAGCGUGGUUGUCCAUGUGUGUGAGGACGAGCACAGAGAUGGUUCUGCAGCUGUUGGCCCCAAGCAGGAGGACAAGCCCUGCCCCCCCCGCCCAAAGAUCGUCCAGACUCGACGCCCUGACUACGCGCCCCGGGUGGAGCAGUGAACGGUGACGACAACAGAGGGCAGUUUUUCCUGGAGUGAUUGGUCAUGAGCGGAACAUGCUCACAAUGAUUCUGAGAUGGUUUUAGAGCGCCCUCUAGGGAGCGGUGGUAUCCUAGAGAGGAGCCUGUUUUCUAAAAUGGAGACAGAAAACUAGCUGCUGAUUGGACUGAAGGAACUUCAUUGUGAGAUUUUCCUGUGAGAGUAAAUUGAGUUUAGCCAUCAGAUGAUAUUUACUGUUUGAGUUUGAUGGCUGGAAGAAAUCUUAAUGUUGCAUCAUUGUAAAAACUCACUCACUGUCAGUCCUCAUCCAGUUUGCCUGAUUUUGGUGAAAUCCGGUGUUAAUUCAGGCCAAGCCCAGAUCAUCCAUCCACAGUAUUCUAUGGUUGCAUUAAUUUCCUACUUGACUUGAAAGCAGCAUAGGUCAGGUGACUGGUGUUUGUGUUGGAACUGAAGAAGUGAACCCUUGGAGCUACAUGUAUGACCGGACUAUCGAAACUAAUGAACUCUUGGUGACUUCUGCUUUGCCAGUUUCUCAAACUGAUGCUGAUAUCUGCUCUGUUGAACCAAGCAGGCACCCUUAGCUCUGGGAUACCUCUGACACUGCAGUUCUGGGUUUAGCUUUGGUGUAGCCUCUGUCUGGAAUGUGCAGCAGCACAGACUUCCUUUUAGUCCGCAACAGGGAGCCAGGUGGGGGUGAUCUCAAUCAUGGUGGAUGUGGGUUACCUCAUAUUCUGUAUUUAGUGUUUGAACAUGUUGGAAAGUCCAUCAGAGGCUCAGAGACGUUUGCUUUUUUGUUGGGAUUCUGUGUGAAGUCAGUGAUUGUAUGACUAUUUCCUGCGGCUUAUGCAGCAUGGCAAAAUUAUUCACACUCCCUGAUCUUUAAGUUUCAGUUGAAUUUUUUUGUGAUAAAUGAACAGAAAACAGAAGCACAAUCUGGAGUGUUGCUACCAAUUGUAUUCUGCUCACUUACUCUGAAAAUCCAAAAUAAAAUCCAGUGUAACUGAUGCUCCAUUGAGCCCCUUUGCUCUGAUAGUUGUAAAUGCAAUUUAAUUCAACCAGUUUUCUUCAGAAGUCUCACCAGUUUGAGCUUUGUUAGAGAACAAACAGCAUCAUAAAGACCAAGGAACACAGCAGGCAGGUCAUGGAGAAGGUUGUGUGGAAGUUUAAAGCAGGGUUAGAUUACUUAAACAAUAUCCCAAGCUUUGAACAUCUCACAGAGCUCUGUUCAAUUCAUCAUCUGAACAUAGAAAGAGGAUGGACCAACUGCAGACCUACCAGGACAUCGAGAUAUACCUAAACUGACAGGCUGGGCAAGGAGAGCAUUCAUUAGAAUUACUGUGUAUUUUUGUGGCCUACAUGAAAAAGAAUUUGUGGCAGGACAACAGACUCUGCACAGGAUCCCUAUUGUCUAGCAUGGUGGUGGCAGCAUCAUGGCUUUAGAAAAAACUGUUAGAGGCUGCAAAAGACAUAAAACUGUGGCACAGGUUCAUCUUUCUGCAGAGCAACCAUAAAAAUACAACCUGAAUACAUUGGAGUGGUUUAGAUCAAAUAUAUUCAUGUUUUAGAAUAGCCAAGUCUGGGCCUAUGUCCAAUUGAGAAUCUGUGGCAAGACUUGAACAUUGAUACUCCAUAUUGAAUAUGACUGAGUUUGAGCUAUUUUGUAAAGAAUGGGGCUAAAGUAGAGCUUGGCAUAUAAACAGAAAAGUCUUCAUUUUAAGUUGUUUUUUUUCUUAUCGAAACAGGUUUAUGAUAUGAUGUGGUUUAAAAUUAAAAGUCUAGUUUGAGUUUAAAUACCAACUUUCUCAACUAGCAAAAUACUGAUGUACAAAUCCCACUAUCAGUACUGUGCAUGUGUUUGAUUGCAGCCAAAAAAUGAAGCUUAUCACACAACUGUUUCCAAAAAUGCUUAAGUAAUGACGACCCCACCUACUUCCUGUUAGGCCACAUGUAUUGUCUGGCUAAUCGAAUUUUAAAACCUACCUUCAUCAUUAUUAUUGAGAUUUUCUGUUUCUUAAUAAAUGAAUAAAAUCCAUUCAUUGGGCAGAACACUGCAUCACUUGACACUGUUUCCGGUUUAGGGUACAAAUAAAAGAUUGAAAACCAUGAAUUGUUCUCCUUCAUAAUACUGCACUCAGUUGUGUUGGCCCGUCACAUAAAAUCCAAGUGAAAUACACAGUUUGUUGUUGGAUCGGGACAGAGUGCGGAAAAGUUCACGGGGGUGAUUACUUUUUUGGCUCUGUGUCCUGCUGUAACUGAAGGCGCGUUUGCACAGAUGUCUGGAUGUGCAGUCCUGAUGUACCUGUGUUGUCUUCAGUGUUAGCAUUGCUUAUUGAGCAGCCAUUACUGCUAGGUUGUCUAGAUUUUCAAAGAUAUGUUCAUGAUUGGAAGAGAUCACACUCUGCAGAGAAUCCAUUUCUCUUUGUUUCAAAACUAAUUCAUGGCUAUAUAAACACUGAUAACAUGACAGCUGACCAUGUGUGACCAAAUGUGCAGGUUCACUGGAAGAGCUUGGCUCAAUGUUCUAAUGGUUUGAUGUUUAUUGUGUGUUGGUGGGAUGGGUUAGCAGCACUGUGAUAAAACAUGUCUACAUUUGGACCCUCUUCUGGCUUCAGCUCUGGUAAAUUUGGUUUGAUAAAGGACUUACUGUUUGUGAAAUAUUAAAAAGAAGUUUGACGUUA